UAAACUUUGAAUCUGCUGACACAGCAAAACUCGGCGGUAGUGCAUACGGCGUUGUUUAUGAAGUGUCAGUCGACCACGCGGUUUCCCGGGUGAUUGAGUGGAAUUGCACCAUUGCGGUUGCAUAUUAAUUGAUUAAGUCGGCUGAACAAUUAUUUCUUCGAGAAUAAUGAUUCUAUGUCACUUAGGCGUGCUAGAAGCAGCGGAUUUAAAACGGUGAAAUUGUCAUAUCCAUUGUGUGAAUUGUCACAUCCAAAAAGUGAAGUGAAAACAAGAGACAUUCAAGAUGACAAUCAUGGGCGCGUAUUCGGCGGCGCGAAUAGCUCUGUCGUACGGUCCGGAGCUGAGUUUCCUGGUGUUCCUCAGGUUCAUGAUAGUGCUGAUGCGACAGGAUAUAAUUGACAGAAAUAACCGCGUGCAGAUCGUAUCGACGAGGAAGAUGUAUGCCAGCUAUGAUUUCAUCGUGAUUGGCGGAGGUUCGGCGGGCUGCGUGGUGGCCAACAGACUGUCGGAGAACCUGAAUUGGACGGUUUUGCUGCUUGAGGCAGGAGGUGAUGAGACUGUUUUGUCCGAUGUGCCAGUGGUCUUCCCAACCCUUCAGUUGACCGCGAUGGACUGGCAGUUCAAGACGGAGUCCUCGACGAAUUACUGCCAGGGGAUGAUCAACAACCAGUGUAACUGGCCCAGAGGCAAGGUGCUGGGUGGUAGUAGCGUCCUCAAUGCUAUGUUGUACGUCCGCGGAAAUCGACGAGACUACGACCAGUGGAGGGACAUGGGGAACCCGGGGUGGAGUUAUGACGAGGUUCUGCCCUACUUCAAGAAAUCUGAGAACGUGAUGAUCCCUGGCCUCGCCGAGUCGCCCUUCCACGGUACUGGCGGGUAUCUAAACAUCGAACGUUUUCGGUACAACACACCGAUCGCCAAGCAUUUCCUCAACGCUGGUCGUGACAUGGGUUACGAGGAAACCGACGUCAAUGGCGCAACUCAGACCGGUUUCACUUACUCCCAGGGAACCCUGCGAGAAGGGUUGCGAUGCAGCACGGCGAAAGCCUUUCUACGUUCGGCAUCUCGCCGGAAAAAUCUCCACGUCAGUGCCCAUUCAACGGUAGAGAAAAUCCUUAUUCACGAGACCACGAAGACCGCUUAUGGCGUCAGGUUUCGAAGAGGCACUCGAAACUACGUCGUUUACGCCAGGAACGAGGUUAUACUCUCUGCCGGAACCGUGCAGUCGCCGCAGGUGCUCAUGCUCUCGGGAAUCGGACCCAAGGAGCACCUCGAGGAGGUCGGGGUUCGGGUCAUUCAUGACAGCCCUGGCGUUGGGAAGAAUCUUCAGGAUCACGUAGCCAUCGGUGGACUUACUUACCUAAUCGAUUCACCUUCAGACUACCCAGAGGGAACGGGUUUCUGCUUUGUUGUGCCCAGAUUUAUGACCCUCAAGACCAUCAAGCAAUUCUUGGCCGAAAAGAAAGGACCUCUUUACAAUGUUCCGGAAUGCGAGGCCAUGGGUUUUAUAAACACGAUCUACGCCAAUGAGACGAUGGAUUAUCCCGAUGUUCAGCUAUUCCUCGCUUCAGUUGCAGACAAUUCGGAUGGCGGGCUGUUCGGGAAACGGGUAUGUGGACUCAAGGACGAUUUUUUUGCCAAUAUGUUCGAGGGAAUCCUUUAUGAAGAUACCUACACCAUCGUGCCGUUGUUAAUGCGCCCGAAGAGCAGAGGUUACAUCAAGUUGAGAGACGCAAAUCCAAGGCAACAUCCAAUCAUAGUUCCGAACUAUUUCAGCGAUCCGCAUGAUUUGGAUAUUCUGGUCGAAGGGGCAAAAAUUAUCUAUAACCUUAGUCAGACUCUGACUAUGAAGAGACUUGGCGCUCGUCCAAAUUCGAAUAAAAUACCGGAGUGUGCACACUUUGCUUUUCUUUCCGACGACUACUGGCGCUGCCAUGCAAGGCAUUACACGAUGACGAUUUAUCAUCCCACCAGCACUUGUAAAAUGGGCCCAUCCGAUGACCCCAUGGCUGUAGUGGAUUCGCGGCUAAAGGUUUAUGGUGUGCAUGCACUGAGGGUAGUAGAUGCUUCUGUGAUGCCGAAUAUUGUGACGGGCAACACCAACGCGCCGACGAUCAUGAUAGCUGAAAAAGCUGCUGACCUCAUAAAGGAGGACUGGAAAGACAUCUGCAAUGAACCAUUGACGAAUGAUUCAGUGGGCGAUAAGAAGCAACUGAGGAUUCUGGGCGUGCAAGCGUUGAGAAAUAGACAAUUCAAGCAGGAUCAGCAGAAGGAGCAGAUAAUGAUGGCAUUUAGGGAUAAUCAAAUUGACAGGUUUAGCAACAAUGUUGGCAGUGGGAAUUUGCGCAUUGACCUUGAAGGCGAUUCCGACUUUCCAGACGACGAUUGCGAAAAGGAGGAAUGGGAGAAGGAGGUGGAUAUGGUACACAAUCAGUUGGAAGCUGUUAAGCUGAAACGCCAUAUUAUCGACGACCAGUCUGGGGAGCAAAGUGGUUUUGAGAUCGAAAUUAUACCGGAUAAAGAUGAAGGCGAUUUCAAUAUUUAUAAAAUUUGGCAAAAUUUCACAAAAACUUGUCUCACGACAAAAUACGUGACUGACAAUGAUGCAAAUGACUGUGCCGAAAUACGAAUUGACAAAACAUAAAUAAAGUUUAAUAUUCAAACAAAGUACAUGUAACGAAAUCUCCACGUAACUCGAUGAAUCAUUUAUUCAGUUUCGGUAAACGCAACGUGACUUCGUUAUUGUGUAAGACGCAACAAAUUCCGACAUAUUUAAGUUCUGUAAAUAUUUACUAUAUAUAAACGUAUUAUGUAAAUUUAUUUAUAAUAUGAAAUUACAUUCUAUACCUGUCUGCCUCUGCCCGUAUGAUGUGGCAGUAUUCAACUAAUUUGAUGAGUUUUAUU